ACACGCUUUCUGAAGCUCUCUCUCUUUUUAUGUCACUAUCGCUGUUUGCAUGUAGACGCAGCCAAUCUCUUCCCUAUGACGCCGGCGAGGCUGGGCUCAGACGGGUUUGAUCAUAAUAUUUAACACACCCACCCAGUAAGAGCACGAUACUAGUUCGAAUGAGAAGUAUAACAGCCACAGGACAAGUGGAAGCGAAAAUCUCUGCACCUGCCAAGCGGUGUAGCCUACUGGCUCUGCUGUUCCUUGAACGGAAAGACGGAGACGGGAGAUUUAUAUUUUUGACAGGAUCUGGCCUAGUCUUGCAUCCAGGUAUCUUCAGCUGACAAAGCGUCACAUGUUUUUUUUUAAAUCUCGUCGAUUUUUUUGCGUUGCUUUUCUUUAACGCAUUUUUUUGUGCCUGUUGCUAUUUCCUACAAGGACGGUGGCUACAUUUUUUAAUCUGAAAUUGAAUAAAGACUGUCCCUCGGACUUUUAACAAAAAUGACGAUUGGACAGCAUUGACACGUUUUUAUGCUCAGCAUUGCAUGUUCUGAGGAUGGAACAGUGCUUUCGCAACGCAAUUGUGCUAAAACACGUUUAAAAUUCCCUAAACUGUUCACUGCUAUUACGAUUAGAUAUUGUUUUGUGCCGUAUUCAGAAUAGCCACAGACCUAUUUGCUUUAAGGUGCCUGCUCUCCGCAAUGAGUCGGCAUGUCCAUCUGGUUGAAUAUGAAUAAUUCAGUAUUUUCUAAAAGACCAGCGCUCUGUGCGUAAACAUGGAGUUUCUGAUAUAACACGGAUUAUGUUUGGAAUGACCAGAAAAAAUAUCUAAAUUAUCUACAUUGGGUUUUUGCUCCAUAUUUCACAUGUACUAUACUUUUUUAUAUAUAUCGGUGUUGUGCGCUGCUUUUAUGGUUUAGUGAUAUAACAACAACUACUUAGAAGUGAAUCCUGUACAAAAUGAUCAAGAUGAUACUGUUUCGUAAAUUUCGAGUUUUGAUACUCAUGGUGUUUUUGGUGGCGUGCACCAUGCACAUUAUGAUAGACUUGCUCCCAAAACUAGAGAAGCGAGCGGCGGGACCGCAAACCGGCAACGGUGGCUGCCAGUGCACUCACAACCCGAGCGAGGAGGCCGGGAGCUGGGGGAAGCAACGCGCUAGGUCGGUGGCGGAACCGGGCUGGCCUAACAAACACACGCUGAGAAUCCUGCAAGAUUUUAGCAACGAGCCGAGCUCAAACCUCACGUCCCAUUCCCUGGAAAAAAUCCCUGCCGCUGGGGAGAGAGCGGAGUCUUUCAAACAAAUGAAACAGUACGACGGGGCAGCGGAUAACCAGAAGCCGCUCAUCAGAGACGCCAGCGGGGGUAAGACCGUUGCUGCGCCCGGUAUCUUCCGGCUGCCGUCUCUGUUCGAGCAUCCUUUAUACAAGACGGACCUGCCGACCCUCACAGACGACGACACCUUGUUCAACGUCAAUACUGACAUCAGGUUAUAUCCGAAAGCAGCGGGGAAUCAAGAAUGGCACAAUGAAGCUAACGUGGAAGAGGAGGAGUACCCCCCUACAGGGGAGGUGACAGCCGAGUCCUACCCCAACUGGCUUCGCUUCCACAUCGGUAUCAACCGCUACGAACUCUACUCCAGACACAACCCUGUCCUGGACUCCCUGCUCAAGGAUCUGGUCACCCAGAGGAUCACCAGUGUGGUCAUGAAGUCAGGAGGAACUCAACUGAAGCUCAUCAUGACCUUCCAUAACUACGGACAGGCGCUGUUCAAGCCCAUGAAGCAGACCAGGGAACAGGAGACACCCCCAGACUUCUUCUACUUCUCUGAUCUGGAGAGACACAACGCUGAGAUCGCUGCCUUUCAUCUGGACAGGAUCCUAGACUUCCGGAGAGUGCCCCCGGUGGCGGGAAGACUGGUCAACAUGACCAGGGAGAUACGGGAUGUGACCAGGGACAAAAAGCUCUGGAGGACUUUCUUCAUCUCCCCAGCCAAUAACAUUUGUUUCUACGGCGAGUGCUCCUACUACUGCUCUACUGAGCAUGCUCUGUGUGGGAAGCCAGACCAGAUCGAGGGUUCUCUGGCUGCCUUCCUGCCAGACCUGGCCCUGGCCAAACGCAAGACCUGGAGGAACCCUUGGAGACGAUCCUACCACAAACGCAAGAAAGCAGAGUGGGAGGUGGACCCAGACUACUGUGACGAGGUGAAGCAGACUCCUCCCUAUGACCGUGGUUCUCGUCUGCUGGACAUCAUGGACAUGACCAUCUUUGACUUCCUCAUGGGUAACAUGGACCGGCACCAUUACGAGACUUUUGACAAGUUUGGAAACGAGACCUUCAUCAUCCAUCUGGACAAUGGAAGAGGGUUUGGGAAACACUCCCAUGACGAGCUCUCCAUCCUGGUGCCUCUGAGCCAAUGCUGCAGAGUGAGGAAGUCGACCCACUUGCGUCUGCAGCUGCUCGCCAAGGAGGAGUACCAGCUGAGCCGUCUGAUGGAGGAGUCCCUGCUGCGUGACCGCCUCCACCCCGUCCUCAUCCAGCCCCACCUGGAGGCCAUGGACCGGAGGCUGCGCCUGGUGCUCCAGGUCCUGGCUGUCUGCGUGGAGAAGGAGGGCUACAGUAACGUGGUGGAGGUGGACGACCACCACUGGGCCAGAGAAGCCAGAGGGGGCAGGGACACAGCCACCCACAGGAACCCAGGGCACAGGUAGUGAGGCCUGGCUAGGAAGAGAGGGAGAUGGGGGGUGGAGGGGUGGUACCCCUGGUUCUCCCGCUUCUCCCCAUCCUGGACCUCCAAAGAGACUACCGUUGAUGGUGAACCAACCAUGGGUGUCUGGUCUCACGGAGAGACUGACUGGAUCCUGUGACUGUGCGGGAGCCGCCAUUUUGAAUUCAGUGAAUUCCGAGACUUGCCGUCAAUGCCUCUAUGGAACCUCCCAUGUACGUGUGUUUAUAUAUAGGUACUGUUGGUCCACAGAUAUAGCAGUGAGCUGAGGAGAGAAGAGGCCUGGUCUUUGCUAAGUACCAAUGUUUUAUUACUUCUCCUGGACAUGAUAAAUAGGGACCAUUUUGAUUUUACUUUGUUGGUUUUCUUAUUUUACUUUUGGGGGGUUGUUUGAAUGCGAAGGCUAUCAUUGUUUGCUCGGGUUAGCGCUAAGCUAGCUACAGUAUAUUUACACAACCAAAUGAGAUUUUACUUUAACAAGUUAGAAUGUGGUUUGAGAUUAAUUUAUGCACAGUAACUGGAGGAACGGAAUAGAAGGUUUGUAAAGCUUUCAUUUUAAAGGGAGAGUAUGAAAAGAAUAUAGUAUAUUAUUUAUGAUGAAUGUCAGUGUGACCGUUAUUUAUCAGUUGCCUCCAUUUUCAACCCAUCACUAUCUAUGACUUUGCCUAUAGGCCUCCAUUACUAUGAGACAUUAUACAAGAGGCUGUUUACAGUACAGAAAGUACCUGGUAUUUACUAAGAAAUUACAUGGUAAAAUGGUAAUUGUACAGUAAUACCCCAUUAAUUACUACAUAAAGUACUCAUUUGGUACUUUGGGAUUCAAACAAGCAUUUAAAUAUACACCAUUUUGAUCCAGGUAGUUCCCAAUUGUGGUGAAUUUUAAGCAUAAAGUAUAGUGAAAGCCCCAGCUAGAACUCAGUGAUGCCACAUCGUUUCCUAAUAAGUACCACCUAAAUACCCGUCGAAGCAGUACACAAUUAAAGAAAGUGCUACCGGUUUCCUUUUCAAUAAAGCUUUCAGUUCAACUUAAAUUCAGUGUUUCUAAGCCUGGAUGGAAGCAGCUCUCUUAAACAAGGGCUCUUAUUGAAGCACCUCUCAGCAGCCCAGAAGUUGACUAGUGUUGAGUGCCCUUGCCCUCGUCCAUUAAUAUUAGAUAUCAUUCAAUCUUUCCAUUUCUUUUCAUCAAAGCCUUCCAUCAAAAUGUGUCACUCGUUCAUGGUUGGCACUUAAGAUAAUUGCUGCCCCAUUUAUUCAGAAAUUCUGCAUUUUUGACUGAGGAACUUCUAAAUCAAUGCUUUGCUGGAAUGGCUGGAAUGAAAACAUGCUGCGUGGUUUACUAGGACAUGUUUUUCAAGGACAUGAGAAUAGCCUUUACAGGAAGUUGUGAUAGAUGAUGACAGUGUGACCGACAUGGCUGAAACGUUUGUUUUUGCUUAGAUCUCUGGUCUCUUCUGGUCUCAGAGAUCUCACGUUAGCUGAGCCUAUCUGUUCUGGUCUCAGAGAUCUCACGUUAGCUGAGCCUACCUGUUCUGGUCUCAGAGAUCUCACGUUAGCUGAGCCUACCUGUUCUGGUCUCAGAGAUCUCACGUUAGCUGAGCCUAUCUGUUCUGGUCUCAGAGAUCUCACGUUAGCUGAGCCUAUCUGUUCUGGUCUCAGAGAUCUCACUUUAGCUGAGCCUAUCUGUUCUGGUCUCAGAGAUCUCACGUUAGCUGAGCCUAUCUGUUCUGGUCUCAGAGAUCUCACGUUAGCUGAGCCUAUCUGUUCUGGUCUCAGAGAUCUCACGUUAGCUGAGCCUACCUGUUCUGGUCUCAGAGAUCUCACGUUAGCUGAGCCUAUCUGUUCUGGUCUCAGAGAUCUCACGUUAGCUGAGCCUAUCUGUUCUGGUCUCAGAGAUCUCACGUUAGCUGAGCCUAUCUGUUCUGGUCUCAGAGAUCUCACGUUAGCUGAGCCUAUCUGUUCUGGUCUCAGAGAUCUCACGUUAGCUGAGCCUAUCUGUUCUGGUCUCAGAGAUCUCACGUUAGCUGAGCCUACCUGUUCUGGUCUCAGAGAUCUCACGUUAGCUGAGCCUAUCUGUUCUGGUCUCAGAGAUCUCACGUUAGCUGAGCCUAUCUGUUCUGGUCUCAGAGAUCUCACGUUAGCUGAGCCUAUCUGUUCUGGUCUCAGAGAUCUCACGUUAGCUGAGCCUAUCUGUUCUGGUCUCAGAGAUCUCACGUUAGCUGAGCCUAUCUGUUCUGGUCUCAGAGAUCUCACGUUAGCUGAGCCUACUUGUUCUGGUCUCAGAGAUCUCACGUUAGCUGAGCCUAUCUGUUCUGGUCUCAGCUGGCAUGGCAGUCCUGGCUUACAGGAUGUGGAUACAAAGGGUACCUCCCAAAUGACAUCCUAACUCCAUAGGGCUCUGGUCAAAAGUAGUGCACUAUAUAUGGAAUAGGGUGCGAUUUGGGAUUCAUACAUAUAAUAAUAAUACAGGACUAUGUAAAUACUGCCAUGAGAGAAUAUCAAUCUGACACUAUUCAUUUAAUAGGCCUUCGAGGUCUUGGUAAAAAUCCCCAUGUAUCUGCAUAUCAACAAAUGAGAGAUUUUUGCUGUUUUUCCCCCAAAAUACAUGAUCUCUUUGCUUUAUCCCCACGUGAGAUUAUUUUAUUACCAACAAUAUCUCACCAGUUUUGUUCACACUUCACGCAGCCUCAAGUUGACGUCAGUAACAGCGAAAUGAUUAUUUGGGAGAAAUAGUCUAGUCUCUAUCCAUGUGGAUGUAAAGAUAGGUUGGAACUGUGACUACAGUGUAUACCAGUAUACAAGUCAGAUGCACUACCCCGUUGUCAUGCCAUUCAUCUUUUAUACCAACUAAAGUUACCAUUACAACACCAAACAAAUGUCAAAUGCAGUUUUCUGUUACAAUCCAGGCUACACAGUCACGCACAAUGUUCCUGUUGUAUUGUUCAACGCUUUUCCAAAUGAAAAGGAUUUAUUGACGUGUCAUGACAUUUAAACAUGGAUGUGGAAAUAAGGUUUUUCUCUUUUUGAAACAUUUCUCUUUAUGUUUUGGUACUAAUUAUGUUUUGGUACUAAUUAUGUUUUGGUACUAAUUAUGUUUUGGUACUAAUUAUGUUUUGGUACUAAUUAUACUUUGGUACUAUUUACUGUCCAUUUUAUGAUCUGAAAAAGGUGUCUUUGAUUGCUGGAAGCGUUGAGCUCUAUACAGGCGUUCUAUAUUCCACCAAUAGCCCCUAGAAUCUGGCUACGUAUGGCUAACCUGGUGCCUGUGGAAUGUUGGGUAUACUGAAUGUUUCAGGUGGCCAUAUGAACAGGACUACAACUACAUAGAGGUCACACUACAGCCUGUGUGACCUGGAUCCUCAGACUAAGUUGAAAGAGUUAACAUUAUACAUUUACGUUUGAGUCAUUUAGCAGACGCUCUUAUCCAGAGUGACUUACAGUAGUGAGUGCAUACAUUUUUGUACUGGUCCUCCGUGGGAAUCGAACCCACAACCCUGGAGUUGCUCUACCAACUCAGCCUUCUCCUCCCUUCAUACAGCAGCAGUUAAAGGGUUAACUCAGCCCUGGGCGUUGUACUUGCGAUUUUCAUAUUGUCAGUGUAAAUAUCUAUAAAUAUAUUGGAAGACCUAAGAGGCUGCAGUGCCGCAGCGAUACGCUUCUGCUCUGUUUUCUCCUAUUGCAUUGUUGCUGUGAACAUCUGUUAGCUAAAUGAUAAAGGUGUGCAAUAAAAAAAUUACAACAAA